AUGGAUGUUCUCAAUCAAGUAGUAGCAGCAGAAGAAACGUAUUUUCUGAAUGGAGGGAAUAGAGAAUGUCUGUUGGACCUAGUAAGGCAGUUGAGAAGCAAAUACCAAUCUGUAAGAAUGUCUGGAUGUGAUAAAAGGCAUAUAAUGGCAAUGCUACUUGUUCUGAGAAGAAUCAAGCAGACGAUUAUUCUUGAGGACAGGCUUGUUGAGAUGGUUGACUCCGAGGCUUCAUGCAUCAAGAGUACAGUGAAGAGGCUGCUGUCUGAGACAAUCAGUGCUGGUUGCAAGUACAAUGAUGAUGGAAAGACAACUAACCACGAGAAUGAGCAGAAGUACACAGUUCCAAAAACAAGGAUCAAUUUCCCCAUGGACAUCUCUCAGUUCCUGAGGGCCUGGCUUAGAGACAACAUGGACAAUCCGUAUCCUUCGGAUGCAGAAAAGAUGUAUUUCUGCCAGAACACAGGCCUUGGGCUUGCACAGAUUAACAAUUGGUUCAUCAAUGCCAGAAGAAGGAUCCUGCCAUUCAUGAAAGGCGAGUGCAUUAACUUUAAGUAG